AUGGGGAUGAGGAUAUUAGUUGGGACGCCGCAACCGCGGCAAGGAGGCGUGAGGAGGUGCAGCAGUGGGGGUCCCAGGCUGCUCCCGAAUUGGGUCCCCCCACCGCGAGGCAGCGGUGCAACAGGAAAGAGGCCACGUACGAGUGGGCGUGAGGGGUCGGGAGCGGGAGGGGUCGGGCCAGCGUCGAGUGGAGGUGAUGGGUUGAGCGCAGAUGGGGCAGGUAUCUCCGCCGCGGCGGCAGGUGGGGCUGGUCACUCCGUGGCGGCGGCAGGUGGGGCAGGUACCUCCGUGGCGGCGGCAGAUGGGGCAGGUACCUCCGCCGCGGCGGCAGGUGGGGCAGGUACCUCCGCCGCUGCACCUGUACGUGGGUCAGGGAUGGCUGGAGGUGCUGCUGUGAAUGCAAGCCAGCGCUCAGACAGGGUGGGCAGGACCCCUUCCGAUGAGGAGUUGGACCCAUGGACUGAGGAGGUGCUCAGUAAUGCAGAGGCCGGGCUGGUGCGUGGCAUGUUUGGUGAGAAGGUGAAUUAUGCUAGGCCUUGCAAGGUGUGCCGGACCAAGAUUAGCUGGAAAGAGAGUAGCACUAGCGCGGGGAAGAGACACCUCAAGAGGAGCCACUACACCAGUCUGCAGAUCUGGUGUCGACGUUUCAAGGAUCUGAACAAGCCGGACAACCUCACGUUUCCCGAUGGGGGAUGGGGUCCAGAGGUUCCCGACAACACAGCGUGGCCUUGGGAGCAUGCAGCCACGUGGCCCAGGAUUAGUUCGACACCCGAGGGUACCCCCGCCAGUGCGGUGACUGGAGACGCCGCGGCUGGUGGGGAUAGGCAGAUGAACAUGGGCGCAUUCGCCGUGCCGCGUGUUCAUGGACAACAGCUGCGAGAGGGGUUGGUGCAGCUAUUUGCGGCAGCCGACCUUCCGUUUCGACUGGUUGAGUGUCGCGAGGUGAGUGACGCCGUACUCUUGUCUUUGUUCAUCCUGGGGCUCCUCAUCCCAUCCCACCAUCUCUGCUCGUCAUCCCAUCCCACCAUCUCUGCUCCUAAUCCCAUGCCACCAUCUCUGCUCCUUAUCCCAUCCCACCAUCUCUGCUCGUCAUCCCAUCCCACCAUCUCUGCUCUUCAUCCCAUCCCACCAUCUCUGCUCCUCAUCCCAUCCCACCAUCUCUGCUCCUCAUCCCAUCCCACCAUCUCUGCUCCUUUUACCGACAUCCACACCACCAUUCCUGCGUUUCUAUUUGCAUCUACAGCAUACGGGGAGGCUGCUAGGGAGGACAUGCGGCAGCUAUUGGUGGGUGAUGGCCUGGCAGGAAGGAUGUCUCUCACCUUUGACAUCUGGACCGGCGAGAACAACGUGGCCUUCGUGGCGGUGACCUGCCACUAUGUCACCAGCGAUUUCCAGCUGAAGCAGGCUGUUAUAGACUUCAGGGAGCUUAAGGGCUCUCAUACGGGGGACUUGAUAGCCGAUGAGCUGGAGGAGGUGUUGAGGGAGUGGGGCUUGGAGAAGAUGCUGUUCGCCGUGACGUGUGACAACGCCGAGAACAACAGCAGGGCGAUGCGUCUGCUGGCCGGUGUACCUUACGCCAGGCCGGGCUCGCGGCCCAGGCACCCACCACUGCUCAGUCGCUGGAGGCACUUCGGGUGCGUGGCGCACGUCGUCAACCUUGCAGUGCAGGCUGCACUGAAGGUUGACGAGGUGGCCGAGCCACUCAAGAGGCUGCGGGAUGUGGCGAACUACAUCGGCUGGUCCACGCUGCGCACAGAUCGUUUCUUCGAGCUCCAGAAGGGAUACGCGGCGACCCGGCCCCAGGGUCCUCCGGGUUCGCGGCGAGCAUCGGGUCCGUUGCGCUUGAUCGUGGACUCGCCGACGAGAUGGGGUUCUACACUCAACAUGGUGAACAGGGGCUUCGAGCUGCGCAUGCCCAUUGCCAUGUUUUUCGACGAUUCUGAGGUACCCCUAAACCCUACCUCCAUCUUUACAACCCAUGUCUUGUCCCAUCCCAUCCCACCAUCUCUGCUCCUCAUCCCAUGCCACCAUCUUUGCUCCUCAUCCCACGCCACCAUCUCUGCUCCUCAUCCCACGCCACCAUCUCUACUCCUCAUCCCACGCCACCAUGCCUGCUCCUCAUCCCACGCCACCAUGUCUGCUCCUCAUCCCACGCCACCAUGUCUGCUCCUCAUCCCAUGCCACCCUCUCUGCUCCUCAUCCCAUCCCACCAUCUCUGCUCCUGAUCCCAUGCCAUGCCACCAUCUCUGCUCCUCAUCCCACGCCACCAUCUCUGCUCCUCAUCCCAUGCCACCAUCUCUGCUCCUCAUCCCACGCCACCAUGUCUGCUCCUCAUCCCACGCCACCAUGUCUGCUCCUUAUCCCCCGCCACCAUGUCUGCUCCUCAUCCCAUGCCACCCUCUCUGCUCCUCAUCCCAUCCCACCAUCUCUGCUCCUCAUCCCAUGCCAUGCCACCAUCUCUGCUCCUCAUCCCACGCCACCAUCUCUGCUCCUCAUCCCAUGCCACCUAAACCCUACCUCCAUCUUUACAACCCAUGUGACCCAUUCCAGCCAUCCAUCAGCAAGGAGACUCGAAAGGCGUGGGACGCCAUCAGGUUGACGGAUGCGCACUGGGACGACCUCGCCGAGCUCCGAGACUUCCUCACCCCAUUCGAGCAAGAGAAGGCACAGCUCACUCCUGGCAUCUCCCCUCUGCGCUCAUCGCUGAUUACUGCUGCUAUGGGCAAGCUGGAGCGACACAUGGGGGGUGUGAGCGAGGAGGCAGCGAUAGCCACUUUCUUGGACCCGCGCCAGAAGGUCGCACCCUUCAAGCACCGAGCGAGGGCAGCGGAGGGGAAUUUGAGAGGGGCAACACUGGAGCUAGGCCCUGAUAGGGUGAAGGCCCUGGUACGGGCGCGCCUUCCAGAGUACCAGGCAGCCAGCACCACGGCACAGGGCGAUGGUGGGGAGGUGACUAGUGCGAGGGGUGCAGGGGUGCAUGCGUCGGCAGGGGGCGGGGCUGUGGAUGCAUCGGCAAAUGUCAGCAUCCAGUCUCAGUUGUUCACACCGUGGGACGCCAUGGAGGCCGAAGAGGGGGAGGAUCCACAGGAUGAGGUGGAUCAGUACCUCGCAGAGGGGAGGCAGAGGGGUGGAAGCGCAUUGGAGUAUUGGCGCAGCAGGGAGACCUUGAAGGGCUUGAGGGCAAUGGCUCGCGAUUAUCUGGGGGUACCGGCUUCGUCAGCAGCGAGUGAACGCGCGUUCUCAAAAAGCAGGAACAUCAUUACUUGGCAGCGACACCGACUGGCAGCUGGCCAACUGCGUGCUUCCAUGCUGAUUAAGACGUGGCAGGACCACCACCCUUUGGGGACUCUCGCUCCCAAGGGCACCUCAACGGCAAAUCCUACCCUGGGAGUGGAGGAUGAAUCGAGGGGGUUGUGA